AUGUCUCAAAAAAUAGGACAUACAGGACUAGCGUUUGCCAGAAUGUGGCACCAUGUUGAUUUAGCCCAUGAAGGGAGGUCUAUGGGUAGACUGGCUACUUCCAUCGCUACAACAUUAAUGGGUAAGCACAAGCCUGUGUAUCAUGAAUCACAAGAUAUGGGUGAUUACGUUGUUGUAACCAACUGCCAACUAUUGAAAACAACAGGUAAUAAAAUGGCACAGAGAGAAUAUUGGUCCCAUACUACAAGACCGGGUAGUUUAAAGCUGAUACCGAUGGAUAGAAUGGCUGCAGAUAAAGGAUAUGGAGAAUUAUUGAGAAGAGCAGUUAGUGGUAUGUUACCAAAGAACAGACUAAGAAAAUUAAGAUUAGAAAGAUUAAAAGUAUUUGAUGGUAGUGAACAUCCUUACAAACAAAAUAUCACAGCAUUCGCCGUUGAACAACCAAUGGUCAACGAGUUGCUAAAUGGAAAUAAAAAAUAA